AUGUUGUCUGUCCAGACAGUAACAUGAGAAGCACACAAUCAUCUGUCUUAACAUGUCAUGAUGUUUCUCUCUCUCCUCUCUUUCAGGAACUUGAAGAGAUUCGUAAGUCUGGAAUGAAAAACUUCCGAAACAUUCAAGUGGAUGAAUCCAACAUACUGACCUGGCAAGGUCUUAUUGUCCCUGUAAGUGGUUUUAUUCCCAUCAUCAUUUGAUUCAUGGCUUCACAAUUCUCUCAUGAAGGCGAUUACAUUCACAUAAGUCUCUGUUCUGGUUCUAGAAGGACUAUUACAUGAAUUAAAUGUCCUAACAUACGGGUUGCUCCUUGGAUAUGGUCAUUGUUGCACUAACUAACCACGGUUGAUUGUCUACACAUUAUUCCUCUAUAGGACAACGCUCCCUAUGACAAGGGAGCUUUCAGGAUCGAAUUAAUCUUCCCCGCCGAGUACCCCUUCAAGCCCCCCAAGAUCACGUUUAAGACGAAGAUCUAUCACCCCAACAUCGACGAGAAGGGACAGGUGUGUCUGCCCGUCAUCAGCGCAGAGAACUGGAAACCAGCCACCAAAACUGACCAAGGUGGGUCUCAAACACACACACACACAGCAGUUCUAUAGCACUCCUGGGAGCAAGCCACUAAAACUGACCACAGUGGAUGAGCCUCGGCUUCCCCAUAGGCACUCUCUGGUUGGAGCACUGAAACAUUAGCUUGAACUUUUACACAAAUCUAAUAGUGCUGGAUUUUCCUGAAAGUUGAGUUGAUCAUACAUGUCUAGUAGUCAGACUGAAAUCUCUAUAAUUUACAUAGAAUGUAAAUUAUUCUGCAAUACUGACAUGAUACCCUGAAACGAUACACUGGCAUGAUACCCUCACACUGGUAUGAUACAAUGGCAUGAUAGCCUGGCAUGAUACCCUCGCACUGGUAUGAUACCCUGGCAUGAUACCCUCACACUGGUAUGAUACAAUGGCAUGAUACCCUCACACUGGCAUGAUACCCAGACACUGGACAGUAGAACAUGAGCAGAUGACUGAAGUGAAAAGAAAAAAGCAACUUUGCACAAGAGAACACAAUCAGUCAAGUAUUCUAGUUCAAUGUCAUGACUGACUUUCGUUUGUGUAUCAGUUAAUUGUGUGCUAACUUUGUGUUGAAGAUGUAGUAAUUGCUUCUGUAGUCAAAAAUAAAAUCUGUUCAUUCUGCACUGAUUCAGUUUCUGCAAUGUCAUGACUGGCUGUUUGUCUAUUCUGCAGUAAUUCAGUCCCUGAUUGCUUUGGUGAACGACCCCCAGCCAGAGCACCCCCUGAGGGCGGACCUAGCAGAAGAAUACUCAAAGGACCGGAAAAAAUUCUUUAAGAACGCAGAGGAGUUUACAAAGAAACACGGAGAAAAGAGACCAAUGGACUGA